CUUAUAUACAGUUCUCCAAGCCUCCCUUGCCUGCAUACACAAUUGAGACAGGAGCUUGCUACCUACAAGAAUAUCCUCUACGGAUGAAUGGUGAGGAGCUUGCCCAACUUUUCCAGCCGCUUUCACCAGCCUCCUCUAGCAUCACUUCAGGACCUGAGAAGCACCUGCCCUUUCCUCUGCCCAGAUGAGCUCAGUUCUACAGACUCUGUCCUGCCUGACCCUCAUCCUUCUUCUCUGGAACCAAGUGCCAGGGCUCCAGGGUCAUGAGUUCCGAUUUGGGCCUUGCCGAGUUGAAGGGGUCGUUCUCCCAGAACUGUGGGAGGCCUUCUGGGCUGUGAAGAAUGCUGUGCAAACUCAGGAUGGCAUCACAAGUGUCCGGCUGCUGAAGCCUCAGGUUCUUCAGAAUGUCUCGGAUGCUGAGAGUUGUUACCUUGCCCACAGUCUGCUGAAGUUCUACCUGGACACCGUUUUCAAAAACUACUACAGCAAAAUAGCUAAAUUAAAGCCCUUGAAGGAGUUCUCCACUCUGGCCAACAACUUUAUUGCCAUCAUGUCAAAACUGCAGCCUAGUAAGGACGAGGACAUGCUUCCCAUCAGCGGGAGCGCACGCCGGCGGUUUCUGCUGUUCCGCAGAGCAUACAAACAGAUGGACACAGAAGCAGCUUUGGUGAAAGCCUUUGGGGAAGUGGACAUUCUCUUGACCUGGAUGCAGAAAUUCUACCGGCUCUGACUGUCUGUCAGGAUGAUGUCCUCGUUCGUCCUCCGUGUCGUUUCAAGCCAUUGUUUACACCCAUGCUGUCCUCAGACCCUCGGACACAGACUGACUCCAUGGUUGGCUCAGGCUUCCCUUUAGACUUCCUUCCUCAGCAGUCCACAUGACAGUCAUGGAAGGUGCCUUUGAAUGCUGUAACUGAUCCACAAGGUGGAUUCGCGUAUUUAUUACAACUUUAUUUAAAUCACUGUCACUGUAUCGGUGGUAGCCAUAUUUAUUUGAGAACUUGGACGCUCCAUGAAAGCAGCAGAAUGUAGUGCCCCAUGCUUCCACAGUAUUUCCUGUGAUCUGGCUACAGCAUGGGGGCAGUGGAUGGAUGCUCAAUGAAUAUUUAAACUGGG